UCCAAAUCUGACUCGUACUUGAUCGGUUUUUAAAGAACCAGUUUGGCUUUUAGGUUGACCUAAAACUGGCUUGGCCGGUGACUCAUACCGUAGAGAUUGGUAUCAAAAAUCAAUAUCGGCUGCGUAUUAGAUUUUUGUGAAAACGAUAAACCUGAAAUUCUAUUUAGCUUUAUCAUUAUUAAUCAUAUUACAAAUUACCAUACUCAUAGAUAUCCGAGAAUUAAUAUUAUAUCUACUGAUAGGUAGAAAAGCGGCGCUACGAAGCUACGACGAUGCUACGAAGCUUCUGCAAGGCCAUACGACGCGACCUGAGUACAUGGAGGGAGGGGAGAUAUUAUAUUCGUAUUAUUAUGAACUUGAAUUGAUGUCGGUGAUAAUUCUGUUGAACUUGGCCGCUUCAUAACCAAGUACCAAGUGUAUUUGGUUGUUAAGUGGCAUAAGUCAGUACCUACUAGUCAGUACCUAACUAGAUAUCUAUUACGCUGACUGUCACUUACAGCUGAUCUUGUUCGAGGAGAUGGCAGCUAUUUGUCGUAGACUUCAAGCUGCUGCCAAGGUUUGGACGGCAUGCACGUACAAGUACGAUAACGACCAGCAUGAUUGGGGUAGCGUCGUAGAAGGGAGCGAUGCGUCGUUAGGUGAUCCCCAAGAAUCCCUUUCCUAUAGGCAACCGUGGGUGAGUAGCAGUCGUGUACGGCAGGGUAGAGGAGUACGGCGGUAAAAGAUUUCCCCCUGAAGAAACAAGUUACAAUGCCUGCCGCCAGGCGGCAUGCUUGAGUCUGGUCGAACAUCGUGGGAUUUUUGCCAGAGCCAGUCCGGCAUACGUAAUCGCGGCGACCCGUGUCGUGGGCCGUGGCACUAUCCGUUCUCAAAGGAUAUUUACCUAAACGAAAAAUUACUACCAAACGUGAAGUGAUUAGUAACUCUUCAUAACGAAUACUUAUUAUACAAACAUUUUUUUUAAUGUUAUGUUAAUGUUUCAUAGAGAUUUUCCUAUUAGAGCUUACGAAGUCAAUUUCUGAGGUUAAAUGACGAUGCAGCAAGUAGUUACUAUUGACUCAUAGGUACUAGAUACACACCUAGUAAAGGCUAAAUGCUCAAGCGUAUUGCAGUGUUCAGUACAUGUACAGAGACUGAUGAUAUUCAACUGCCUAUGUACUGAACUAAAUUAAUAUCUACAAUGAUAAGAAACGUUCGUACGUAAACGAAUUGUUGAUGGUUGAAUAGAUACGAGAACAGUCGUGGCUACGGAUAGUUUUCAGCGAGAUUGCGUGAAGUGUUCAUGAAAAGUGAUAGAAAAUCGGGAUUUUGAUUUGAUAUGAUCAGGAUACGACACUGUUUAUACAAAGCUAAUACAGAGAGAUGAAGGUGAGAAAGGAAGCACACAAGGCAAGCGCCUGGAUCAAGUUCCGGUUGUUGAUGUGGAAGAACUUUCUCCAGCAAUGGCGGCACAAAGGACAGACCUUAGUAGAACUGCUCUUGCCCGUUGCUACUAUGGCGCUCGUGCUCAUCCUGCGACAACAGAUCGAGCCUAUUAGACAAGACACCAUAAGAUACCCACCAAUACCCGCACACACUCUCAAUUUCUCACGUACAAUAUUCAUGGGCCUUAAUAUAAGUCAACUAUCAUUAGCAUAUUCACCAAAAAACGACGUUUUAGAUGGUGUGGUGCGAGGCGCAGUUGUAAAUUUAUUUGCUCAUAACAUACGAGAUAUCAUUGACAUGAUAAGAGAGCAAGAUGGUCCUGAUUUACCAGAUUUUCCCGAGAUUCCGCCCGGUAUCGAAUUAAAUGCUACCGAAAUCGUUAAACAGUUCGUAAGAAUAAAGGCGUAUAAUAAUAGUUCAGACCUCAUACGUAUUUAUAAUGAUGAGCAAUCUAUUCGAGAAGUUAUUGCUGCUGUGGAAUUUGAUGAUCAAUUAUUCGGUGCAACGGAGUUACCAAUCAAUUUGUCAUACGCUUUACGAUUCCCUGACAGACCGCGUCUGAAUUCGUUGUUUGGCCUCGGCGGACGAACUUGGCGAACUGACCUUGCUUUUCCUUUCUUCGAAUUACCUGGCCCAAGAUUUCCAUUUUCUUGGGAAGGAGGAAACGAUCCAGGUUAUGUGAACGAAAUGUUCAUAGCAUUGCAGCACGCCAUAUCAAUGGAAUUAGUCUCACAAAUUACAGGCGAAAAUCUACGAAUGUUUCGAGUAAACUUGCAGAGAUACCCACAUCCGUCGUAUGUCGAAGAUCUUGCAGUGGAGGCACUCAUGUUCAUAUUUCCAAUGUUUUUCAUGCUAAGUUUCAGCUACACAGCUGUUAACAUUGUUAGAGCUGUUACUAUAGAGAAGGAACUACAGCUAAAGGAAACGAUGAAGAUAAUGGGACUCCCUACCUGGCUGCAUUGGACUGCUUGGUUCUGCAAACAGUUUGUAUACCUGUUCUUGACAGGAGCGCUUAUUACGCUUCUAUUAAAGAUAAAUUGGUUCACAACUGACGAAGGCUUCAGUGAAUACGCCGUAUUUACUAACACCCCGUGGACGGUCAUGUUGUUCUACAUUACGUUGUAUUUAACGUGCACCAUUUUCUUCUGCUUCAUGAUUAGUGGAUUCUUUUCAAAAGGCAGUACGGCAGCUUUGUUCGGAGGCGUUAUUUGGUUCCUGUCGUUUGUUCCAGCUGUUCUCCUAGGAAUGGAUGUCGAAAUCCCACUUGCGGUCCAAGCUAUGACGUGCUUAUGUAUCAACUCAGCAAUGUCGUAUGGAUUUCAAUUGAUUUUCGGCAAAGAGAGCACUGAAGGAAUGCAAUGGGGAGAAUUUUUCGCAUCACACUCCGUAGAAUCUAAUCGACUAUUGUUCGGGCAUGUUUGCAUGUUUCUAAUUGUGGACAGUGUACUGUAUAUGUUAGCCGCUCUGUACUUAGAACAAGUUCUUCCGGGACCAUGCGGAGCUCCUAAGCCCUGGUAUUUUCCACUCCAGAAAUCGUUUUGGUGUCCUUCUUCGAAGAUCGAUUACGAUGAAAGAUUCGACGAUCCAGAUCUGGAUGGAACAAUUAAAGAAAAAGAUCCAACAGACUUGCCGAUUGGCGUGAAGAUGACGAACUUAACCAAAGUAUAUGGAAACAAUAUCGCAGUCAAUAAUAUGAGUUUGAACAUUUACGAAGAUCAAAUCACCGUCCUUUUGGGACACAACGGCGCUGGAAAAUCGACAACAAUAUCAAUGUUAACCGGUAAUGUCCAAGUGACUCGAGGCAGCGUAUGGCUGGCUGGCUACAACGUGACGACGCAAACUAACUAUGCCCGAGCGCAUCUUGGCCUGUGCCCACAACACAACGUACUUUUCAAUGAACUUACCGUUCGUGAACAUCUGGAAUUCUUUGCCAGACUCAAAGGCUUCACUGGGAAGGAACUCGAUGAAGACAUCGAUACACUCAUCGAUCGCCUGGAGAUGCAAGAGAAGAGACAUCAGCUAGCUGAAGGGUUGUCUGGAGGUCAAAAACGGCGAUUGAGUGUGGGUAUCGCAUUGUGCGGAGGAGCGCGCGUGGUGCUGCUCGACGAACCCACCUCAGGCAUGGACCCCGCAUCACGUCGUGCACUUUGGGAACUGUUAAAUAAGGAAAAGAAAGGUCGAUCAAUGAUUCUUACGACCCAUUUUAUGGAUGAGGCAGAUUUUCUCGGCGAUCGUGUUGCGAUAAUGUCGAGCGGCCGACUACAAUGUGUCGGCUCUCCCUAUUUCUUGAAACAUCAUUAUGGAGUAGGUUACACUUUGGUCAUCGUCAAAACUGAAGACUUUCAAAUCAAUUACUGCACUACGCUCAUUGGAGAAUACAUACCGGGCACUAUGGUCAAAGAAGAUCGAGGCAUGGAAGUGACGUAUAAAUUGCCCAACCAUUAUUCACACGUGUUUGAAGAUAUGCUGAACGAUCUUGAGAGAAAUAUAGAAAUUAUAAAAUUCAAGGACUACGGAUUACUUGCUACAACGCUUGAAGAUGUAUUUAUGUCAGUUGGUUCAGACAUAGAAACACAUUCAGAGUCAGACGAUUUAACAAUGACUACUGAUUUGUCUGACGACAAGGAUGGCACUUGUGAUGAAAUAUCCUUGGAAGAUCUGGAUAAUAGUUAUGAAAACGAAACCGGAUUUCGCUUAUUCUGGUUACGCGUAACCGGAGUUUGGUUAAAAUUGUUCUUGGUGUGGACCCGUUCGUGGGGAUUGCUGUUGUUGCAAGUUUUGGUGCCUAUCCUGCAAAUAAAUACUAACUUGGGAAUUUUGCAAUACAUACUAGGAAAAAGCGCUACUGUCAUUUCCAGGGCAUUGACGCUAACGCAAGGAUACGUAACUACGGAAACUUUCUUAAGUUACAACGGAACUAAUCAAACUUCAUGGGGUGCUUUGGCCAGGCAAGGGUAUGAAGAGCUGUUCAACUCCUCAAACAUAAACUCCAUGAGAUUAACAGAUGUAAAUGGACAGCCAAUCGACGAUUUCUAUUUACAAAGAAAUGAAGACCCCGUAAUAAUGGGCGCAUACCGCAACAGACUGCUUAUUGGCGCGACGUUUGACGACAACUCUGCGACCUCCUGGUUCAGCAACUUCGGUUACCACGACGUAGCAACGUCUCUCGCCACGCUACAUUCAGCUCUACUCAAAGGAAUCAACCCUGCAGCUAGUCUCAACGUUUUUAAUCAUCCUCUGCAAGCCAACUAUAGGGAUGAAACCAACAUUCAGCUGAUGGUGUCGUUCAUGUCAGUGCAAGUCGCAAAUAGCAUUGGCAAUAGUCUUGCCAUCGUGAGUGCGGUGUUCAUCAUGUUUUAUAUUAAGGAGCGAGUGACGCGCGCAAAGCUCCUGCAGCGCGCCGCGGGCAUGCAGCCGGCGGUGCUGUGGGGCGCGGCCGCGCUGUUCGACUGGCUCUGGUUCCUGCUGCUCUGCGUCAGCAUCAUCGUCUCUUGCGCAGCCUUCCAGGUCACCGGCAUGAGCUCCAUCCCCGAGCUGGGUCGGCUGUACCUGUGUUUAAUGAUAUACGGCGCCGCGAUGUUGCCGCUCCACUACCUGUUCUCGCUGGUUUUCAACGGAGCAGCGCUCGGAUUCGUUAUCAUGUUUUUCAUCAACAUUCUCUUCGGUUUGAUAGGUGCUCAAAUCGUGGAAGCAUUGAUGUCGCUAGCAGCCUCAGCGCAGCAAGCGGCUAAGAUCAUGGAUUACAUACUGCAAUUCUUUCCGCUUUACAGUUUAAUCACCUCCACUAGGCAGCUGAAUCAAAUCGGGUUGAUGAGAUUUUCUUGUCUUGAAUACUGUGAUUACUUGAUGUCCGCGUCAGUAUUACCAGACAUGGAAGAGUGUACUAUGGAGUUCCUUUGCAAAAACAUAACUGAACAAUGUUGCGUUCGUGAUAACCCGUACUUCCAGUGGGAGUCGCCGGGCGUAUUGCGCUAUAUAGUCGCCACCCUUGCUGUCUGUGCCUUCUUAUGGUCGUUACUUAUGGUGUUGGAAUACAACUGGCUUCAGAGGGUUUUUAUUCGCAAGAAGAAAGCCCCGCCUCUAGACGAAUCAUCGCUAGAUCCCGACGUGGUGAACGAGAUGAGGCACGCUGAGCGCGUCGACACUAGCGCGUCUGGUGUCAGUCUAGUUGCGCGCGGCCUCACUAAAUACUACGGCAAAAAUCUGGCUGUUGAUCAAAUUUCUUUCACCGUGGGCGAAGCGGAAUGCUUCGGCUUGCUGGGUGUGAACGGUGCGGGCAAAACGACCACGUUCAAAAUGCUAAUGGGGGACGAGUCUAUCUCCAGCGGAGACGCUUUCGUUAGUGGCUUCUCCGUUGGAUCUGAUAUCACCAAAGUUCACGAAAAUAUUGGCUACUGUCCACAAUUCGACGCAAUAUUUAGCGAGUUGACCGGACGUGAAACGCUGCAUCUAUUUUCGAGAUUCCGCGGUCUGCGGGACGCCAAUUCGCCGGUCAGAGCGGAAACUCUCGCCAAUGCACUCGGAUUCACCAAACAUCUCGAUAAAAGGGUGUACCAAUACUCGGGCGGCAACAAGCGCAAGUUGAGCACGGCGGUGGCCAUGCUGGGGCGCACGCGGCUCGUGUUCGUGGACGAGCCCACGACGGGCGUGGACCCGGCCGCCAAGCGCCAGGUGUGGCGCGCCGUGCGGGCCGCCCGGCGCGCCGGCCGCGCCUUCGUGCUCACCUCGCACAGCAUGGAGGAGUGCGAGGCGCUGUGCGACCGCCUCACCAUCAUGGUCAACGGCCGCUUCCAGUGCCUCGGCUCGCCGCAGCAUCUCAAGAAUAAAUUCUCUCAAGGAUUCACACUGACGAUUAAGAUAAAGCUAGAAGAUGGAGACAGUUCAGAGAUCGACGACAGAACAGAAACUGUGAAGCGUUACGUGCAGGAUAACUACACAGACCCUAAGUUGAUGGAGGAGUACCAAGGCCUAAUAACAUUCUACUUGCCGGACCGCAGCAUGGCUUGGUCUAAAAUGUUCGGCGUCAUGGAGCGAGCAAAACGAGAUUUAGCCGUAGAAGAUUAUAGUAUAUUGCAAACGUCGUUAGAGCAAAUUUUCUUACAAUUUACUAAAUAUCAACGCGAAGGCUUAUGAUAGAUAACUAGGACAAAUAAACUGGUAAAUAAAGACGAAAACGUUAUCAGAUUAUUAUCACCAUGUCAAGGUUUCAUAUGGUAUGUCUGUCACGGUCACGUUCGGUUAUAUCUCAGCAAAGCAUAGCAAAUAUUUAACUUUUGUAUUACUUGUAUAAACUGUAAAUAUUUUUGUAAUGUGGGCGAAGGAUAAUAAUUAUUCCACAGACAUCUUUCAUUACGCCUGUUAUAAUCUAAAUUAAAAAAUAGUAUUAAUUAACUGUUUUAUGCUGUAUAAUAUUAUCUUGUAUUAUAAAUAUAUUUAUAGUUUCAUUGAUAUAAUUUUGUUUGUGUCUUAAUAAUUAUAACAUGACAAUUAUUUAGAUGGACGUGAUUACAAACUAGGUAAAGAUGUUAUUUAUCAAUUAUGCAUAAAUUUGACUUAAAAAUAUUUUCAUUUAGAAUAAAUUAUUAUUAUAGAAAAUAUUUACAUGUCAUCAUCAGAUUACGUGAUGGUAAACAUUUUAUAAAUAUCUAUUUACCUAUAAGAGUUUUUAUACAAAUGUUAUAAAUGCCUAUAAUAUUGAGAUUUUUUGUAUAUUCAUUAGAGAUGUAUGAAACAAAUAAAACAAAAUAUUUCGAUAAAUAUGUUUUAUUAAAAAAAAUUGUAAACCUAAUUAAAAGUACAUACGAACACUGCUUAGAAAAUAUCGCAAAUAUAUGACAAGUGAGACAUCGAAAGCCUUAUUGUAUAAAUAUUUUUUUAUAUUCAAAUAAAUUUGUAUAACAAAAUGUAUAAUUUAAUUUUGAAAAAUAAUUUUAUUUGUUUAAAAAUUAACUAUUAAACUUUCAAAAAAAUAACUUCGACUUUGCCGAGAGAGUUGGGAACAUACUCAAUCAUAACUGUACAGUCAGCGCAACAUUUACCUACAAAGUUAAUGAAACACGCCAUAUUAUCACAUCACAACAAUUAGUGUCAACAUCU